AUGGAAGUCGUGAUUGCAUUGACAGAGGAACUUUUUGCAAGUGCGAAGCAAAAUGAGAUUUCUCUAUCAGAUGCUGGAGUUAGUGCUGGAGCAACUUCUGGAUCACCCAAUUUUCCUGGUGGUGCUUGGGGAAAACCGGCGAAAACUCUAGUUUGUCUUUUUUGCUACUUUUCGAGGUGUAAUACCCGUGGACCGCCGUACCAGCAUCACAAGCUUGAUGCGCGCUCUUCUCCGCAUCUCUUUCGUGGUUACUCGCUCACCCGGUGCGCUUACAUAUGUACCAUAGAGAAUAACGACGACAUUGGCAAAGAAGAUGCUAGAAAGACUGCGAGUUGUUCAGGACUAGAAGGUUCAAGAUCAGAAGAUUCAAGUGUGCCAUGA